GGUCCGCCGAUGCACAGAUCCUCUGCCAUGGACUCGAAGGCCACGAUCAACAAGGGCAACUUUCUCUCGCAGCAGGAAGAUUUUCAUCCGUUCAUCGAAGCGCUACUACCGUACGUGAAGUCGUUCAGCUACACCUGGUUCAACCUGCAGGCGGCCAAGCGGCGCUACCUGAAGAAGCACGAGAAGAAGAUGACACACAACGAGGAGAACAAGUGCAAGCGCGACUUUCAGGGCUUCCCGACUAGUGACGAGGAAAAUCAGAGCGAAAAGUCGCACAACAGUUCGCGAAAGUUCUCCAAAACCACGACCGCCAGCAGCAACAAGGUGUUCAGCUACGACUUCAUCACACCGACCGGUGUCUUCACCUCGUCCGAGCUCUGGAGCCUAACGCAAGUGCGUGCCACGGAUCGGAUCGGAUCGAGGGCACACCAGGUCUUCACUCAGCAUCCUUCGGAAAUGGACCACAGUUCCGCAGUCCACAGACCACAGGCAUUCCGCAGUUCGAUUCCUCAACCAGAGGACCAGCAGCGACCCAAGCGGUGUCAGAUGAACGAAUAG